AUGGCGGCCGCGGGGAUGCCGUCAUCGUGGGAGGAGCUCCCGCCGGAUCUCCUGGGCCAGGUGCUCCACCGCCUGCCGUCCCUCGCCGACCGCGUCCGCUUCUGCGCCGUCUGCUGGCCCUGGCGUACUGGCGCCGCCGCAGAGAGGCUGCCCCCUCCGCUCCCGUGGCUCGCCUUCCGCGACGGCACCCUUGUCGACCUCGCCGGCGCCCCCGUCCGCUGCGCCCCCAUCCUCCGUGAAGAAGGCUUCGACUUCGGCUACCUUGCCGUCGACAACCUGGCUUUCCUCGUGCACCACGACGGCGGCUGCUCUCUGAUGAACCGGCUCUCUGGUCUGAGGCUCCCUCUCCCCAAGUUGGGCCCCGCCGUGAGCAGAGCAAUCAGCGACUCUCCAUUCUACACAGAAUCAUACAUUCAGAGGGCGUAUGUUAAGGCGCCGCCGACGCCAGAGUCGGCAUCCGAGGUGGCGCGCACGUCCGGCGUGUGCGGCGUCGGGCAUUGGCGUCCGGUUCAACCACCUCGCGGCCUUGGAGCCCCUCGUGGACUGCGCCGGCGUGCGUCCGUGGUUCGACGUGCAGCCGCGGGCGUCGGUGGUGUUCCUCUGCUUCGGGUCCGGGUCUCCGGGAGCCUGGGCUGGUUCGACGCCGCCAAGGCCCUCCCGCGGCCGACUCGCGGCACUUCCUGUGGGCGCUACGCGGCCGUCCCGCGGCCGGCUCGCGGCACCCGUCGCGGCGCUUGUAUGGCCUGGGGCGGCGGCGGCGCUUGGAUGGCGGGGGCGGAGGGUGAGAAGGCCGCAGGAGGCGCGAGAGGCGAACGCAUCGAGGACAAUGCUAUCAGCAUCACCAUUUGUCCAGACCCUCCAAGGAUCCAUGACAUAGCCUUCUUUCAUGGGAAGCUAUACGCUCUCACUGGCACUGAAGGGCUUCAUGCCAUUGAGCUUGAUGCUGACCACCUCAGCAAACUACAAUCAUCAUCAGGCUUUCAUCAGUGCAUAGCCGAUGACCCCAAGCAGCCUGAAUACUUGGUCGUGCAAUACCUAACAGCAUGCGAUGGUAAGCUGUUGAUGCUGAGGAGGUGGAUGCGCAUUCCACCAAAUGCUAGUCUUGGAGACCAUGACAAGACUGUGCGAAUUGAGGUCUUCGAGGCAGUCCUUGCCACUCUUCCUAGCCAGUGGACCAAGGUGGAGACCCUGGGUGGGCACGCAAUCUUUCUUGGUUCACAGUGCUCCAAGCCUUCAGUAUGUACGAACUCGGCCGCAGAUUGGAGACAGUCAGACAGACAACAACAAAUUAGACCAGGUGACUCAAAAUGUUGCUUUCAACCACUUCAUUUGAAUGUGGGCGAGUAUGGGAGCACAGGUUGUACAGCUCAUCUGUCGGGGUCUAGAGUCAUAGAACGACGGCUCAUCGAUCUAAGGAGGGACAACAAGGGUACAGCUGCGGGAGCCGUCUUGCGUGGCGUCGUCGGUGGCUUCUCGACGGCGUCAGACUCUCAGAGGCUAGCCGGCAAGGUGGCCAUCAUCACCGGCGCGGCCAGCGGCAUCGGCAAGGCGACGGCCGCCGAGUUCGUCCGGAACGGCGCCAAGGUGAUCCUCGCGGACGUGCAGGACGACGCCGGCCGCGCCGUGGUGGCCGAGCUCGGCGCGGCGGCGUCCUACACCCGGUGCGACGUCACAGACGAGGCCCAGAUCGCGGCGGCGGCGGACCUCGCCGUGGCGCGGCACGGACGGCUGGACGUGCUGUACAGCAACGCGGGCGCGCCGGGGGCCUCGGCGCCCGCGACGCCGCUGGCGUCGCUGGACCUCGCGGACUUCGACCGCGUCAUGGCGGUCAACGCGCGGUCCGCGGUGGCGUGCCUCAAGCACGCCGCGCGCGUCAUGGUGCCCCGGGCCGCCGGCUGCGUCCUGUGCACGGGAUCCACCACGGGCAUGCUCGGCGGCCUCGCCGCGCUGCCCUACAGCCUGUCCAAGGCCACGGUCAUCUCCGUGGUGCGGGCUGCCGCGGACGAGCUGGCGCGGUCGGGCGUGCGCGUCAACGCCAUCUCGCCGCACGCCAUCGCCACGCCGCUGCUGGUCCGCUCCCUCGCCAGGCUGCACCCUGGCGUCCCCGACGAGCAGCUGAAGCGGCUGGUGGAGACUGGCAUGAGCGAGCUCCGUGGCGCAGUGCUGCAGGUGGAGGACGUGGCGAGGGCGGCCGUCUACCUUGCCUCCGACGAGGCCAAGUUCGUGACCGGGCAUAACCUCGUCGUUGACGGUGGGUUCACGGCCAGCAAGCGGAUCGGCGCGCCGGCGGCAAGCGGAACCGCCUAG